AUGGCAAAUCGUGACCGGCAAAGCCGCUAUGUGCUCUACUUGAACUUCAAGAGGGGCGAUUUCCAGGGCACCUCACCAGACGCCCGGGCGCUCAACAGCGCGGAGCGGCGCUGCCGAUUCGCACGUUUGCGCUUUCGGGAGAAGACGCUCGGUGCCGCACCAGCUGUGGACCUGUAG